AAAAGACCUCACUAAUAAAGGAACAUUGUUUCGGAACGUUUAAUUAAUCAUAACAACAAUGAUUUUAUUAUUCUAUCUUACAGUUUCAGCAUAUUCAGUUUUAGGAUUCCAAACGCCAUGUUAUUACGGAACUACAGCUAACUACAGUGGUUAUCUUAAUGUAACAGUGACUCUUUUUCAUUGUGAAAGAUGGGAUGCACAUAUUUCAGAUGUAAACUCUACAUGGGAUUUCAGUGUUGACGGUUCCAUUGAGAAGGCUGGAAGCUAUUGCAGGGACCCGAACUCAUCUGGACAGUUGUGGUGUUACUCCACAAAUCCUGUCAGAAAAGUGGAAAAUUGUUCCAUCGUUGCUUGUGAGGAUGCUGCCGUAUCAAAAUCUUAUCAACUAAUAAGGGGAGACAACAAAACCGCAAUGUUAAAAAGUUUCGAUGAUGUAUGGAGAUGUCACUAUAUUCCUGAUGAUGGUUGUUUCAUGACUGAGAAGACACUGUGUGUGAUGUUCGCCACCGACGGUGAAACAUGUUUGAAAUAUAUGUGUUGUGUAAAUAGAGGAUGUUAUGAAGGUAGCACAAGUACAUAUACUGAAGAUUGGGAACAUACAUAUACCUAUAAAGAAUGUCACAAAUGGGCACUUAUACCACCAAGUAUGUUGAUCUACACACAGUUUAACAGUUCAGCUCAUAUUACACAAUCAAACAAUUACUGUAGGGACAUGGUGAAUGACGGGGUUCUUUAUUGUUUCACUGAAGAGUUUGAAAAGGUCUCGUGUGGUAUACCUUCGUGUAGUGAGCAGGCGUCAAUGAAUAAAUACCCGCAUUCUUGUUACAACAUCACAUUAAAGGACAGAAUAAGUGUCGGACUACCGGGUAAUGCAACAGAGAAGCAAGUGUGUGAGUCUCUCACAGAUAAGUCUUAUAUCAAUUCAACAAGUGAGGAAGUUCUAGGAUGUCAAGGUUGCAAGUGCUGCCAAAGAGUAGGAUGCUAUGAAGAAGAUCCUAGAAGCUAUCGUGGCACAUGGUCACAUUCGUCGUCCGGUCAUCUUUGUAAACGAUGGGAAGAUCAGGAUAUAUUUUUGCCUAAUACUGACAUUCCUGCAAUGGAAAAUUUCUGUCGAUAUUACUUCGGUACCAUUGGAUGUUUUGCAAGAGAUAAUGCGGCGAACAGGAGUUUAUACAUGCCAUGUCCAAUCAAAUUAUGUUCGAAUGAUAAUCAAUCAACAUCCUCUAUGGAUCCAAGGAAAACCAUGAGAGAGUUACAUACCGGCAAAAUGGGCACACCAUUAUCAGACAAGGCUUCAAGGUCUUCUUCCUGUAGAGAAAUAUUGUUCAUCCAAGUAUUCAUCGUUGUAUAUGGAGUUUUCGAUUGAUUCAUUGAUUCAUAAGAAAUUAUACUAACAAAAAUAUGGAAUUAUAUUUAAAAAAUGUAAACUCAGUGUUCAGUGAAGAAUGAAAUAUGUUUUGUCUUGUGCAAAAAAGUAUAUGUUUUCGAAAUAAAUCAUAUUUAAUUACAAGCAA